AGGCGCCCCUACCACCGCAGCGCGGUUGCCAUCCUGUGCCUCUCCCCCCCGUGUCUCUGAAAAGCUGCUCAGCCCGGGCACGCUCUCCCCGCCCUGGCGAACACUACAUCUCCCGGCGCGCUCUGCAGCGGCCCGGGGCGGAGAGAGGCGCUCCACGUGGGCGGCAGGGAAGCGCCGCGGAAAGCCGGAGCAUGGCCGAGAAGGUGCAGGGGGAGAUGGGGCAGCCUGUGGCCCACAGCGCAGCCGCUAAACUCUUCUCGCUCAGCGGGCUGUUCGCCCUGUACAAGCCCAAAGGGCCCACGUCGGCCCACGUGCUCAACCAGCUGAAGGAGAAGCUGCUGGCAGAAGUUGGUAUACAAAAGGAUGCAAGAAAAAGAAAAAAACAGAUUUUGAAGAUUGGACAUGGUGGCACGCUAGAUAGCGCAGCAACAGGAGUUCUGGUGGUCGGUAUUGGAAAAGGAACUAAAAUGCUGAGCAACGUUUUGGCAGGUUCCAAGAAGUACACGGCCAUUGGGGAACUGGGAAAAGCAACUGAUACGUUAGAUGCUACAGGAAAAGUAACUGAAGAAAAGCCUUAUGAUCAGAUAACAAAAGAAGAUCUCGAACGAGUGCUGCAAAAGUUCAAGGGGGAUAUUAUGCAAGUUCCUCCACUCUAUUCUGCUCUGAAGAGAGAUGGACAAAGGCUGUCAUCUCUGAUGAAGAAAGGAGAAGCUGUGGAAGCAAAGCCUGCUAGGCCGGUUACAGUGUACAGCCUCUCUCUCCAAAACUUCCAGCCACCGCUGUUCACGCUGGAUGUUGAAUGUGGAGGUGGCUUUUAUGUCAGAAGCCUGGUCAGUGACAUUGGAAAAGAACUCUCUUCCUGUGCCAACGUGCAAGAGUUGACCCGGACCAAGCAAGGACCAUUUACACUAGAGGAGCAUGCACUUCAUGAAGACAAAUGGACAAUUGAUGAAAUUGCACAGUCCUUGAAACAGUCCAUGUUGCUUGUUGCGGUGGAACCAUCCCUUAAAAAAUUAAAGACUGAGCAUUCUGAAGAAUCCAGUGUGAAUUGUGAAGAUAAGUGAUAAGUCAGGUCAAGGAAAAAGACUGAAUGAUAGAGACAUUUUAAGACUGGAGUGGGAUUGUCUUGCCUUGCUGUGUAAAUUUACCACCUUGUGCAUCGAAGAUGACAAACUGCAAGGCAGAGAAAAUGAUCUCUAUCUUUUUCUUGUGCUAAGACACAUACAGGCACACACACAGUGUCCAUUUCUUACUGCCUCACUUAUAUUCUGCAUGGCACACAGUAAAUGGAUGUGUCCUUAAUGUAAUCUCCCUAUUGUACUUUAGAAAGAUCUUGCGAGAGAUUUUUUUUUUAUACUACAUUUGCAAUAAAAAAUUUAAGUUUAAAUUUUGCUAGAUGUUCCUAGAAGGGAAAAAAAUUCCUUUUCUUUCUGGUCCUUAAAUUCAGAUACUGAAAAUGGUAACAGAAUUUCGUGCCAAUUCAAAAGAUACAAAAAUGUAGAAUGGCACUUUGAGUUCUUAAGUAAUUUCUUGAAAUAGAAAUGAUCCUAUAGGAGUCCUUACUACAUGGACUGGUCUGUCAGUGGGAUUUCACUAAGGGCCUGGUCAAUAUUGCCCUGAAUGAGUUGUGAUAUAAUAAAUGCCAUGAUGAAAAUUUCAGUUUAGUUGAACUGCUUAUACACAAAUCGGGUCUCCUACUGGCUCGUGGGCUAGUCCAAACUGGAGCAAUUGUGCAAUCCAGCCUUGGGCUCCCAGGAAACUGGGGGGGGGCACUGUUACCAGCCCCCAUGACUUCCUCCUUCCUGCCAUUGCCCUGCCCUCUCCUCCCAUUGCACCCUGGCCCCCAAGCAUGUGGCUUUAGGAUCAAUGGGGGGAGGAGGGAGCAGGGUGAUCCUGCACGAUAGCAGUAGUUGCACCACCCCACACUCCCCACGGCCACAAGAGCUACGGGGGGAGCGGAGCGCAAAAGGACAUCCCUCACCCUGGCCCACCAGGAGACCCUUGCUGGUUUGUGCUAUCGCUCCAGCUGGCACUGGCCUGUGGGUUAGGAGUUUGAGACCUCUGAUAUAAACAGUAAGGAACACAAUAUCCUCACCAACAAUCUUUCUCUCUCUACAUAGAGAUUUGCAUAUCUUCAUAUUGAUAAUAUUUCAUAAUUUCUGUCUGCAAAUAAAUUAAGAUUAUAGUCACCUCUUGUGCUCUUUUUGGGAAAGAAGGGAUUCACCUGUUGUCUCACUGUGUUGCCUCAGAUUCCUGAUCAGUUUCAGUGGCUUGGAUGAAGGGGUGAAGCCAGUUAGAAAUUGUAUUGACCAGUGAGGCCCCCAUUAGUAGUUGUGUUGAUGCUCAGCUGGGCCUGAUCUAAAGCCCAUUGAAAUCAAUAAGAGCCUUUCAGCUGAUCUGAGUUGUAUUUGGAUCUGACCCCUACUGACUUUAAGUCUAAAUGUGGUUACAAAUCAUUGGGAAAGAGCAGUCCAAUGCUGCUUUCCUUUGGGAAGAAGAGGUUGCAUAACAACAGCUUGACGAUUAGCAUUAUUGACCCUACUUAGAAAUUAGCAGAGGGUUACCAGCUCUCUUGCAGUAGUGAGUACUGGAGAUAUGCAGGUUAGUAAGGAAAUGAUCACCGAGAGAAACUCUUUCAUCCAGUUGCCUGAAGGAUGAAUGAUUGAAGACAACUGUCAGCUAAGUGGGACAGAAUGGCCUUGUUUUAGGAGUCUGCCAUUUUAAGGCCAAAGAUUACCACUAUGAUCUGCUCUUCUGGCCUGCUGUAUAACCUAGGCUAUAGAGUAUCAUCAGGUAAUUCCUGAAGUGGAGGAGAUUACUCUUCUUUUUCCAUGCGAGAGAACUCUACUGAGCCCAGUAGUUGUGGCUGGAUUAGAGUGUAUCUUUUUAUAGACAGAGAUUAAACCUUGAUUCCAAGUGAUUGGUGAAUUCACUAUUUCUCAUGGAGAGGUAGUUCCAGUAAUGGGUCUCUGAGAUGAACACUUACCUAUCUCUCCAUCUCUCUGAACC